CGAGUUCAGUCAGUGAGUUGGUACGUCGUUGUCGGUAGUUGUUGUCGUUGGAAAGUACUCGGCGUCGUCGGGACCGUACCAACACACGAUCGAACGAAACAGUGUAGCGGGCAACCGGGCUUUCUAGAUGCAGCCCAGAAAUCUUCUCUCUGCGGCGAUGGUUGCUAGCAAUUUCAGCCAGACCCAGCAGCAAAUCGAUAAGCAGCCCACGUUCGUUGAGCUGGUGCGUGGCACUGACCGGUGUAAGCUGGCUGAUAUGCACAAGGAAAAAGUUAAGGCACUCUUGAUUUGCGAUCCUAAGAGGAAAGCUCUUGUCCCCAGCCGCUUCUGCAGCUUCCACCUAGCCAGCUUCGACCAUGAUGAAGAGACAAAAGUUCCACUUGGGCCACCAUAUGAAUCUGAUGCGGCUGAUAUGGCGGGUUCAUCCAUCAAUGUCACCUCCUUGAGGUUUGUUAAAGCUGGCCCUGAGCACACAUACCAAGUCGAGGUUUAUGGCAGAGUUAUUGCCAGGGAGGAGGACAUGAGGUUGAUUACAAAUGUGUCUUUCUGUUCGAUCGUGAAAGGAAGGAUGCCCAGUUCAUCAAUUCAGAGGUAUAUAUUUGUUCCUUCCUUCAUUCUUAUACAGUAGUACAAUUUUAAAGGCUGGAAGGACUCGAACG